AUGACCAAAAGAUCAUAUGCUCCUUAUGUAUCAACAGGAAAAGAUUUAGAAAAUAGUGGUUUACCGUUUAUUGUUGUACAUCCUUCAUAUUUCGCCAACAUUGAUAUGCUACAAUAUCCAAAUAUUAAAUCAAAUCCAGCCAUAGUUGAACCGGAUGAAUUACGACAGAUACUUAAGAAAACUAAUCAAGUAUCAAUUGCAAUAGAUCAUUUAAAUUUGGGCUAUGCUCUUGGUGAUUAUAAUGAUGCGAUUAAUAUAUCAACUCUCGAAACAUUUACAGUGCUCAAAGAUGAUUUAAUGUUUGAUUGGUGUGUGUUGCCAGUCAAUAAACAUUCUGUGAUUUUACCAUUGUUAGAUAAAUUUAUUAUGCAAUUGCGUGAAUCUGGAUUGGAUUAUUAUUAUUUAGCAGAGUCUUUUAGAGAUUUGAACUACGAAAAGUCAGCAUACAUACGCAAUAUUAAUCGUGUUAACGAACCAACACAACAGUUUUUUAACAUCGAAACAUUAUCGGGAGCUUUUUUAUUGUUAGUUGUGGGUUUGAUAAUAUCUUCUGCUAUAUUCAUUUGUGAACGUUUGUGGCAAGCAUGAGUGUAAAUCUCUAAUAAAAUGUGAUACAAGUUG